GUUUCGUUUUUUUGUCUCAUCUGUCGUGUCGUUCGCAAAACGCCAUCCACCAGUCGUCGUCUAUCGCAAAGUUUCCCGUUGUCGUCAAAGGGAUGGCUUGGUGAAAAAUGGUACCACUAUCGGCUUAAAAACAAUAUGAUACCAGCCGCAUAAAAACAUCCUGAAUCAGCUUGUCAACCUGUUCGCUUAGUAGUGCUAGAGGAAAUACCAGCUCGGAAGUGCCAGGAUACUGCCAACGGGAAACACGGAAGCUACGCUUUUUCACACAUUGGAUUGAAAAAGCGCAAUGUUCCUCUGUGUGCACUGCUGCGUAAAAGGACACUUGUGAUAAGGAGACGGGAACUAGGAGGCAGACGAUCGAAUUGUGAACGAAAAGACUGGUUCAAAAAAAAAAGACGACAAAAGGGAGACAGAAGAACGGAAUAGAAUCUUAGUAUUCCUUUGAGGAAAGCCGACGGAAACAGCCUUCAAAAUUGAGAGAUCACAAAUGCCCAGAGGCAAACGCCGGUCCGCAGCGGAGAUGGGACCCAGCGAAGAUGAUCGACAUUCGUCUAAGAGGCAGCGGAAUACCUAUCAGAGCAGUCAGAGCUCUCGGCGGUACAGCAAAGUAGAUGAUACAUUCAGUCAGAAGCGAUGUUUGACUUGGUUCCGCGAAUACACAACCCCCGACGAUCCGGAUACGCUGGGACCGGAAGGGAUGGAAAAGUUCUGCGAAGACAUUAGUGUCGAACCGGAGAACGUUGCCAUGCUGGUGCUGGCGUAUAAAAUGGGUGCCCGCCAGAUGGGAUUCUUCACACAAAGCGAAUGGCUCAAGGGUCUAACGGAUCUGCAGUGCGAUACCGCCGGCAAGGUGCAGUGCAAACUCGACCACCUGCGUAAUCUGCUGAACGAUCACAACACGUUCAAAAUAAUCUAUAGAUACGCGUACGAUUUCGCCCGGGACAAAGAUCAGCGUAGUAUGGACAUUGAGACGGCGAAGGCGAUGCUCCAGCUGCUACUUGGUAAACAUUGGUCCCUGUAUCCACAGUUCGCUCAGUUUCUGGAGCAGUCCAAGUACAAAGUGAUCAAUAAAGAUCAGUGGUGUAAUAUCCUCGAGUUUUCCCGUACUAUCUCCAAUGAUCUAAAUAACUACGAUGUCGACGGCGCAUGGCCAGUGAUGCUGGACGAGUUUGUCGAAUGGUUAAGACUUUUGCGCACACAACCGUCAGUUAGCUGAGAAUUGUUCUACUAAGGACUGAGUCUGAGGACAGACAAGCAGACGGACAAAAACACAUACAUCCACAAACACACACAGCCGCAGUAAAUAAAAGAAUGGUCUUCUCCUCACUACAUUCAAAAUGAAGAUCUGAAUAUUCAGACUUCACACAUUCAACCAAAACCUCAAUUCGCUAACGACAGUCACGAAUCCUGAUUCUGCGAUGACAAAACAAGCUUAUGAAUGGGAAAGUGAAUGAAGACGUAGAAGCCCCACAUGCCAAGUCUUUUAGUUUAAUUUUAUUUCUCUUUUUUUUGUCUUUGAAACAAUAAUUUAAAAAUAAAAGGGAAAAUGAAA